UAUUUUCCUAAUAAUACCCACGGUCCUUGGAGUUCGGUUCAAUCGCAGUCGCACUGGAUAUCUACAACUACAGAAUUUCAGUGUUCGCUUACAACUGAAAUUAUCUGUUGAACAAUGGAACAGAACAUGAUGCUCCCUGAACAAAUAACUUCAUCUCCGCAGACAACGCAACACUUAUCAAUACAGUCGUUGCAAUCACCUAACACAAUGCAUACAAGCGAAUUAUCUACAGAAAAGACAACAGAAUUAUUAAAAUUAUUACAGACAGCUUCCUAUGCUCAAAAUAUACUUCAUUUAAACUGGAUUAACUCCCUGAGUUCAAAUUUACUGCAAGACUAUGUCGAAAGUAAAGCUGGAAUUAAUGAAUGCAUUACUGUGAAUGAUAAUCUUAAUCAAGAUAAUUCUGUCAAGAUUCAGAGUGCAUUGAAUGAUGAUGUGAUCAAACUGAUCAGCCAGUUACAACAAUAUCAGCAAAUAAAGACAAUAAAUGCUGAAUCUGCAAAUAAUGUUCUUAAAAUUGCAAAUACUUUUGAUACAACUGAAUCUGUCAUUCCAAAUGAUAAUAAUAGUAAUAAUAAUAAUAUGAAAACAUGGAGUCCUAAUAAAUCUUAUCAGUUGUGCAGUGAAGAAAGACAAUAUCAAGAAUAUCAAGAAAACAACAGCAAGCUAUUAACUGAGGUGACAUUAUCGAGUGUACCAUCAUCGAAAAUAAUAACGCCGAAUAACAGCCUAACAUCUUAUGCUGAAACGUACAAUUUAAUGAAUAUGAACAGUUUACCAAAUAUUGAUUCUAGUACAAAUAAACUACUUAAAAGUGAUGAACAGCAUCUUUCUGAAUCCAACAGAAAACUAGAAAGCACAUUUAAAUGUGAAAAUGAAAAACAUUUUCCAGGAGUACAACAAGAUACACCUCAACAACAGCAACGAAGUUCUAAGCCGCAUGAUGUUACUAACAAAAAGACAUUACAAUGGGCUAAACUUGGUGUACCCCAACCGGCCACGCUUACUAAAUACUCAGCUCCUGUACACAUUGAUGUUGGCGGUACAUUAUAUACAUCUUCACUGAAAGCAUUAACAAAGUAUCCGAAAUCACUGUUGGGGAAAAUGUUCAAUGGAACAAUUCCUAUUGUUUUAGAUACAAUGAAACAGCACUAUUUUAUCGAUCGUGAUGGAACUCUUUUCAGACAUGUGCUUAACUUCUUACGUACUGGUAAAGUGAACUUAGAUCCACACUUUACUGAAAUGGAUCAAUUAAUUGAAGAAGCAAACUUCUACGGCUUACAUGAGAUGACUCAUCAGCUGAAACAAAUUAAAGGCAGGCUAAAAAGAAGAGAAGUCAGUCAGUUUGAACAAUUUAUAGAAGAAAAAGAGCAGCAGAUGCAUUCAGAUGAGAAAGAAUUACGAUGUACGCCAAAAAAACAACUGAAAGUCGAUAGUCUAAACGAAUCAGACCUGAAUGAAUCGUACAGUAACAGAAGUGAAAAUAGUGAUACGGGAAUAUCCUACUCUCGAGAAUAUUUGACUGUCAAUUUGCCUUUUCAUCAAAAUGAUGAUGAAAUUCAAGGUGAUCUAUCAAAGAACAAUUUGAUGUACAAGAAAUACUUUUGCAUAAUGUUAGAAAUAAACAUAUCUCCACCUCAUCAAGGUAAAAUUAUAUUCUCAAAGUGUAAUAAUCAAAAGGUGUUAAGAUGUUUUAAUGAAUUAAACGCUCAUUUCGCAAAUGUCAUGCCUAAUUCUUUUCAAAUCGUUGAAUGUGAAGAUUAUUCUGAGCUUACUUGGUUUAUGAUGUCAUCUUACCAACAGCUUAAAUUAUGGGAAUUGUUAUUGAACCAUGAAUGUGAAUUAGUCACUCAGUAUGAGUCAAAACAAUCAGAUAAAAACUGCAUUAUUUAUUUAUUUCAAAUGAAGUUAUAA